GUUUUGAUCCCUCUUGUUGAAAUCCCAGAUCCUGGCGCGGCGGGGCGAGGCGAAUCUGAAGCUUUGGCGCUUAGCUUUGCAUAACAAUGUAGAGCUUUGCAUAACCAAGGCACGCAGGCAUUUAAAGGCACCGCCUGCCUCAGGCCCCAGACCUUGUGGUUAUUUUCACGCAGACCGACCUUUUGGAAUGAUGCCCUUAAUGCGGGCUCCCCUCCUGAUGGCCCUGGGCUUGCUUUUCGCUGGCUCUGAGGCCUUUGGAAGGAUCUUAAAGAAACAGCCACUUCGGUUCAGUAGCUUUUCCUGGGAGAACUGUGACGAGGGGAAGGACCCUGUGGUGAUCAAAAGCCUGACUGUGGAACCUAACCCCAUUGUAGAUCUUGGAAAAGUGACUGUCAGUGCCAAGACCCAGACGAGUGUCACCCUCAAUGCUCCUCUGAAGGUGGAAUUAACUGUGCAGAAGGAAAUGGCUGGCUUCUGGGUCAAAGUCCCGUGUUUGGAACAACUCGGUAGCUGUACCUAUGAAGACAUAUGUAAUAUAUUUGACAGUUUUGUUCCUCCUGGAGCGUCCUGCCCAGAGCCCCUGCAUACCUAUGGGCUUCCCUGCCACUGUCCCUUCAAAGAAGGCGCAUACUCACUGCCCAAGAGUGUCAUCACCCUCCCCCACCUGGACCUGCCCAGCUGGCUCAGUACCGGGAACUACCGCAUCCAGAACAUCCUAAGCAGCGGCAGGAAACGUCUGGGCUGUUUCAAGAUCGAAGUCUCUCUUGACACAUAAUGUGGCACCAGCUACAGCAGGAUGAAGGGGUGUGAGGAAGGCAUCCUCGUUCCUCUGUCUUGCAUUUGCCAAGGCCAAAUUUCGAUUCUCUUUCCCCAUUCAAGCCCCUUUCCACAGUGAUGCCACUACCCUUGCCGAAAAUCAUUUUGUGUCACCUGCAUUUUAGGCAUGGACAAGCAUCCCUAACCUGAGGGAGGAUAAGCUUGGUGGUUCUUAAUAGCCCAGGACAUCGACCGGGCUGGCCACUUUCUUUUCCUCCUGACCCCUGUGGCUUUCUCUCUAAUAGCUUAACUCAUUUUCCAAACAGUCAAGGAAUAGGACCAAUGUUUUUUGUUAACCCAAGUUCAGACUGACCCAGGCUUGCUCUUUAUGAUUCCCUUAUUAAAUUUUUUUGGUCACUGACUUAAAAGUCAGAGUAUUAACAGUUUUCAUUUUACUCCAACCCCCAACUUGGAAUGAAGGGCCUGAAGUAGUUGAUCUCAGUCUAUUUCUCCAUUAACUUCUAUGAUUAAUUUAGUGCUCUUUUAGAUUUUCCCAAUUAACAGUGGGGCACAGUGUAUCCUAAAGAGGCAGAGCGUGUGGUGGGGGGCUUCACUGGGAGAGAGAGUUAAGAAUGCUCUAUGUGUUUAAGAUAGUUUACAUACUCAGGUGCCUGUGAGGCCCAGCCUGAGACAUAAAUGAGUGACGAGGACAAGGAA